AUCCACGUUGCUAGCUACUCACUCUACUUAUCUUUCUAUAUAUCUAUCUUUUGCAGGAACAUUAUAAGAUACCAAUAAAAAAAAUGGACAAGGAACUUCAACUUUGUUCUGUUGAUGCUGCUGAUGAAGAAGAAAUGGUUUCUCAACAAAAACCAGAAAGAAGCAAGGGUGGUCUUGUCACCAUGCCUUUUAUCAUUGCUAAUGAGGCACUUGCUAGGAUGGCAAGUACUGGAUUAGGACCUAACAUGAUAUUGUAUUUGAUGGGUUCUUACAAUCUUCAUCUUGCCACAGCUACCCAGAUACUUCUCAUAUCCUCUGCAGCUGGAAAUUUCACACCUCUUGUUGCUGCUUUUAUUGCAGAUUCUUAUAUUGGUCGAUUCCUAGGUGUUGGAAUAGGUUCUAUUAUCAGUUUCCUGGGAAUGGCAAUGCUGUGGUUAACAGCCAUGGUCCCAGCGGCGCAGCCUCCUGCUUGCAGCAAUCCACCUGAAGGCUGUAUAUCAGCAAAACCAGGUCAAAUGGCAAUGUUACUCUCUGCGUUGAUUCUGAUAGGAAUUGGAAAUGGUGGUAUUUCAUGUUCUUUAGCAUUUGGUGCAGACCAAGUUAAAAGAAAAGAAAAUUCCAAUAACAAUAGAGCUUUGGAAAUAUUCUUCACUUGGUAUUAUGCUUCCACAACUAUAGCUGUCAUAGCAGCUCUAUUUGGAAUAGUAUAUAUCCAAGAUCAUCUUGGUUGGAGAAUUGGUUUUGGUGUUCCAGCAGCACUCAUGCUUAUAUCCACUGUCUUGUUCUUUCUUGCUUCUCCACUUUAUGUGAAAAUUACACAAAGAACCAGCUUGCUCACUGGUUUUGCACAAGUAUCUGUUGCUGCCUUUAAGAACAGAAAACUUUCAUUGCCACCGAAAACCUCACCUGAAUUUUACCAUCACAAAAAAGACUCAGUCCUUGUUGUUCCAACUGAUAAACUAAGGUUUCUAAAUAAAGCUUGUGUUAUUAAGGAUCAUGAACAAGAUAUAGCCUCAGAUGGUUCCAUAAUAAAUCGUUGGAGUCUCUGCACAGUAGAUCAAGUUGAAGAAUUGAAAGCCAUUAUUAAAGUUAUUCCAUUGUGGUCAACUGGAAUCACAAUGUCUAUUAACAUUGGAGGCUCAUUUGGAUUGCUGCAAGCUUUAUCCUUAGACAGACAUAUCAUUUCAAAUUCAAACUUUGAAGUACCGGCAGGAUCUUUUACAAUAAUCCUUAUCUUUGUAAUACUUAUAUGGAUAAUUAUCUAUGAUCGUGUUCUUAUUCCUUUAGCAUCAAAGAUAAGAGGGAAACCAGCGAGUAUCAGUCCAAUGAUAAGAAUGGGACUUGGGUUGUUUUUUAAUUUUCUUCACAUUGUAGUUGCAGCAAUUUUUGAGAGUAUAAGGAGAAAGAAAGCAAUACAGGCAGGAUUUUUGAAUAAUACUCAUGGAGUGUUGAAAAUGUCUGCAAUGUGGCUUGCACCUCAACUUUGUUUGGCUGGUAUAGCUGAAGCAUUCAAUGUUAUUGGCCAAAAUGAGUUUUAUUACAAAGAGUUUCCAAAGACUAUGUCUAGUGUUUCUUCUGCACUUUCUGGAUUGGCAAUGGCUGCCGGAAACUUGGUAUCUUCUUUUGUAUUCAGUACGAUUGAAAACACUACUUCAAGUGGAGGAAAUGAAGGGUGGAUUUCUGAUAAUAUUAACAAGGGUCAUUUCGACAAAUAUUUAUGGGUUAUAGCUGGAAUUAAUGUUCUUAAUCUACUGUAUUACUUAGUAUGCAGUUGGGCUUAUGGACCUACAGCUGAUCAAGUAUCCAAAGUGAGUGAAGAAGAAAAUGGUUCCAAGGAGGAAAAUUCAACUGAAUUCAAAAAUGUCAAUCCACAAAUUGAUGACAAGGUUAGUGAUGAAACUAGUUCAAAGGAGAAAGAGUUAACUGAAUUCAAGAAUGGGGGUCAGGUUGAGAAAGUAUCCAAAGUGAGUGAAGAAAAUGGUUCCAAGGAGGAAUAGUUACGAUAGAAGGCUUAUAGUUGGUCCAAUACAUUCAGAGAAAUACCAAGGACAUUCUUUCUAUCCAUAACUCUUUUAUUAGAUAAAACUCAUGUGAGUCUCACUAUUGAAUAUGAGAUUAAUUUCCAAAUCGUGGGAACCACAUGUCACAUGUGUUUCACGAGUGGAUGUUAGAAUGUGAGUAUCCAUAUAACACUCAUCAUUCAUGAGAUAUUAGUUUUUUUUUUGAAAAAUAUUAGUUAAAAUAUUUUAUUUAUUAUUUUGGUAUAUUAGUUGUUAUUUUAAAUUCUUAUGUUUCUAAGAUUUUCUUAUGGACCUUAAGAUUAUGACA